AGUACACUGUGGGCUAACAUCUCGACAUGAGCUCCCCUACACGUAUGCUGUUGCUUUUGGCGCCAGUUUUCGCUGUCGCAGUUGCCUCGAGUGAAAAUACUGUAACAGUGCCAGUAGGCAGUGGGUCAGUAGUGGGACUUAAUGUGACUUCGAUUGCAGGAAAGCAAUAUUACAGCUUUAGGAGAAUACCUUAUGCUGUACCCCCAGUUGGGAGUCUCAGAUUCCAGGAUCCAGUGCCUUUUGUUUUAAAUGAAACAGUAGAUGCUACUAAGAGCUCUCCAUUUUGCACACAAGAGUUAAUUGCUGGAAUAACAAAAGGACAAGAGGACUGUCUGUAUCUCAAUGUAUAUACUCAGAAGCUACCUCAAGAAACUGAUAAUAUAGAUGCCGCUGUUUUAGUUUGGAUACAUGGCGGAUCUUUCAAAUCUGGUUCUGGAAAUGAUCUAGUGUAUGCACCAGACUACAUUAUGGAGGCAGAUGAUGUAAUACUUGUGACAAUCAACUACAGGUUGGCAGCAAUUGGUUACCUAAGCACACAGGACAGUAUAAUUCCUGGAAACAGAGGUUUUAAAGACCAGGUUUUGGCUCUACAAUGGGUGAAGGAGAAUAUAGCUGCCUUUGGUGGCAAUCCUGAACGAGUUACAAUAUUUGGAGAAAGUGCAGGAAGCACAUCGAUUACGUAUCAUCUCAUGUCUCCCAAAUCAUCUGGGCUGUUUCAACAAGCCAUUGCAAUGAGUGGCUGCAUAUUAAAUCCACGUGCAAUAGCAGCACCUGCACGGGAUCGAGCAUUCCGCUUUGCAAGGGCGCUUGGCUAUACUGGGAGUAACUCCUCAGAGGAUUUACUAGAUUUCUUGAACUCACUGAGCGGAGCUGAACUAGUGCAAGAUGAUCAGCGAGCUCUUUCUGAAGAGGACAAGCGUCGUUUUGACACACUGGUUUUUAUGGGUGUAAUAGAGCCUGAGAGUGAAACAGCAUUCCUGAGUUCCAGACCAGAAGAUGUUCUUCUUAGUGGAAACGUAAAUGCUGUGCCACUGCUGAUUGGUGAUUUAAGUGGUGAAUGCAUUGCAAAUGUUGUAUCAAAAGGAUUGACAACAAAUGCAUCUGUGGCUCAAGACUUAGAUGAAAAUUUUGAAGAAAUUAUUGGACUUGAUGUUCGUGCUCCAGAUGCUGAGACACAAAGGCAGGUUGCCCAGAAACUGCGUGCCCUAUAUUAUCAAGAUGAGCCUAUCACUACAGAAAGCUUUAAUGAAACAGAAGAGAUGAUGAGUGACUUGUAUUUUGUGGAGCCAGUGGACUACCUUGUACGAAUUCUGGCAAAUCAGACAGUACCUGUUUACUACUACCAUUUCUCAUACAAGGGACCGCAUGCUGCAUUUCCACAAUAUUCAGGUGUGGCACAUGCAGAUGAACUGAAAUAUCUUUUCCCAUCAUCAGCUGGUGAAGUGGACUCAGAUCCAGCAUCAGGCGAAUAUCAAACACGCAUAAGAAUGGUUAAGUUGUGGACAAAUUUUGCAAAAACAGGCAAUCCAACCCCAGAGCCUGUGAAUGGGACGUUGUGGGAUAUUUAUGGGUCCAAUCGUAAUUAUCUGGAGAUUGGAGAGGUGUUGCAAAUGAAGUCCAAUCUGUGGGGUGAGAAGUUAGACUAUUUGCAUGAACUAAUGCCACUACAAACCACAAUCUGAAGGUGAUGAACCAUUUGGAUUGAAGACUGGUAGACUUAACUCAUUUUUAACAUGGGAAGUAACAGCAAAAUAUAAAAAUCUAUUUUGUGUACAAUUAGUACCUACGAAUUAAAAGUAAUAAAACUUUUCAUGUGGGUUUUACUAUCAAAAUUUUUGAGAUACAUCCUUAAUAUCUAAUGAGAUACAGAAUAGACAUAUACGUUGUCUUUCAUUGCACACAUGUGACUUGUUCUGCUAUAUUUACAUAUGUUCUACUUUGUUACCUUUUUGUUUUUUUAAUGUUAAACCAUUACUUUUUCUAGUGUAACUUUAUAUCCAUUAAGUCCUUUGGAGUACAACCAACUUUUCUCUUAACUUAGUGACUUAUAUUUUACUUUUCCUUUGUACAUGUUACUAAAGUUAAGCCAGUUGUAUUGUGUGACUUAUAUUAACAUAUUUGAAUAUUAUUAUAUAAAAAGAACCACUUGUAAAUUGUCAGCAUGUAGCCAUGUUUACAUAUGAAGGUAUAAUGUGAAUGUAAAAUGACUUGUUCCACAUUAUUAUGAUUAAUCAUACAUAUGAUCCAUGAAACAUAAAACUAACUAAUUAACUAUAAUGUAAUGUGCUGUCAACAGUUGGGAGGAGCAUCAUCUUAUUUCAGGGUGUUAUUCUUAACACUACCUCAAAUGCUAUUUCAUUUUUUGCUUAUUAAGAUGAGGGAAAAUGUGUACUGAUAUAAUAGUAGAGUAAACAACACUGGUGUACCACAUUCCACAUUUCUGAGAGAAUUCACAUUUUGGAGGAGGCAGUAAGUUAUUUGUGAAAUAUAGAUACAUAAAUAUUGCACAAACAUAAAAAUGAAAAAUUGUUAUUUCCUUUUAUACGUAAUCCACAAAGAUUCAUACAGUAAUGAAA